AGCUUGUGGAAGCUGAGACAAUCAUGAGCUCCACCACUUGCUAUGGCCUGCCAGUGGCACGAUGUCCUGUGUCUUCCAGGGUUGGUUGUGAAGGUCCUUCGCUUUGCAGGAACAUGGGCGGGGCGAAGGAUCAUGCAAUCCUCCCGGUGUGACCAGGAGCUGAUCCACACGAGUGGCUUGAAGAAGUGGUCCGCCCUCCAGUCCAAAGUGCUGGUGGUUGGCGGUCACUUCGGGAGGGGACACGGUCCCCAUGACCCCCUACCGACGGCCGAGCUCUUUGAUCCCGAAAACCCCACCCGUUGGGAAACGCUGCCGGGGCCCAACAUCGCCCGGAGCCAUAGCACGGCGGCGGCGUUUGCUGGGAGUGUUUAUGUGGUGGGUGGCCGUGAUGCAAACGACUGCUCAUUGAGCUCGGUCGAGUGUUUCGAUACCAGCAUCAGCUGUUGGCGAAGGAUGCCCGCAUUGAGUGGCCCACGGCAUAGUGCAGCCGCUGUUUGCGUGGGUGGUUACCUGUUUGUGAUGGGAGGCUUUGAUGGACUGGAAGCGCUCGAGUCGGUCGAAAGCAUGGAUUCUGAAGCAGCAUCUCCCACAUGGCUGCCGAGCCAACCCCUUUCCUUUCCCCGUGGGAAGCAUGCUGCGGUGUCGUUGCACAAGCAUAUCUUCCUGCUGGGCGGUAUGGACGGAGGCUAUCGAUGUUUGUUCACCGCGGAGCGGGCGGAGCUCAACCGUUCCGACACUCCUACGGCUCCGUGGGCUGAACUGCCGCCGCUGCGCUUUGCGAGGAGCGAGUGCACUGCCUCCGCCGUCCAAGGUGCUGUGAUUGUUCUGGGUGGCGUGGCGAAUGGGUGGACGACCUUGUCAAAUGCCGAGAGGUACCAGCCUUGCAUCGGCCACUGGGAAGUCUUGUUGGAGAUGAGUAUCAUCCGCAGAGACUGUGCCUCUGCGGCCGUGGCUGGUGAGCUUUAUGUCAUGGGUGGCAUGUCCUUCGGGGGGCGAUGCACAUCAAAGGUUGAAAGCUUUCUUGGUACAAAGUGGCAAGAUGCGACUCCUUUGCCUGAGCCACGCUGUGGUUGUUGUGCUGCCACUGUCAAGCUUUAAAGUGCAUCCUUGCAGAACAUGGUCAAAUUCAUCUUCGCUGCUUUUUGAGCAGUCUGGAAACUGGGCACUGGUGGCCAGCAAAACAUGAGUGCCUUCAAAA